GGUGUGUAAAGUUGAAAAUUCCUUUGGCACUUUCCAAUUAAUAAUAGCUCUCUUCGAAUUCUAUUGUUUCUUCGUGGGUCACCGCUCCCUUACUCCGUUGAUUAAAUGUCCGGCGACCGUUGAUUGCAACCGUUGAUUCUGGUUCAUCCAUCCGUACCUAACGUAGCACCUCCUACCGAUCGAACCAUGAUUAGGUUGUUUAAAGUUAAGGAAAAGCAAAAACAAGAGGCCGAAAAUGCAACCGCAAGAGGACCCUUAAAGAAGCAAAGUGCAGGGGAACUGCGUCUUCAUAAAGACAUAAGUGAGCUGAACUUACCCAAGUCAUGCACCAUUUCAUUUCCAAAUGGCAAGGAUGAUCUGAUGACUUUUGAGAUCUCCAUUAAACCGGAUGAAGGGUAUUACAUGGGAGGGAAAUUUUUGUUCAGUUUCAAUGUAUCUGGUAUCUAUCCACAUGAGGCACCAAAAGUGAAAUGUAAAACCAAGGUUUAUCAUCCUAAUAUCGACUUGGAAGGAAAUGUGUGCCUCAAUAUCUUACGAGAAGAUUGGAAACCUGUUCUCAACAUAAACACAAUUGUGUAUGGACUGUAUCAUCUCUUCACGGAACCAAACCAUGAAGAUCCUCUAAAUCAUGAGGCUGCGGGUGUUCUAAGGGACAACCCGAAAGCAUUCAGAUCUAACGUGAAGACGGCAAUGGCUGGAGGACGUGUCGGGGAUACGAAUUUUGCUCGAUGUAUCUAACUUAUCAUCUUCUUUCCUCCGGUCGGUGGGUCCAUCCAACAAGUGUUUUUGCUCUCCCCUUGUUGAGUGCAUGACGUGAGCCUCAACAAGGGCACAUCGGUCAUUUUCCUUUUUUCUUUCUCAUCAACAACAAUAUGAAAUAUUCACUAAAUUGCUAUUAUUCGCAC